CCAUCCUCGGGCUAGACUCCGACUACCGAAUAUUUGCUGCGCCCAUUCGGCCUGUUGCUGAUUCGAAGGUCGCACACUCCUGAUCGCAUCGGCGGUUCGCGGUAUCGAAGUUACCCCCUCCAUAUCAGCGUGCGGAUCCCGCGCGUUCAAGCUCGGCCUCAAUGGCCAGGCCGUUAUCACGCUCCCAGGCCGCCGAGCCGUUUCCAAUCUUCCACGACUACAAUCAGCCAACCCCGAUCAUCAGCCACGCGCCAAUGCCGCCAGCACCAAAUGCCGCGCGACAACCGCUCCAGAGCGCUGAUGCCAAUGUUGUCCUCAACCCACCACGGUCGACCGUCGCGAAGCAGUCGCCCUCGAAGCCAACUAUGCGACUAGCCAAUCCGGUCCUUGCCGCCCUCAAUGCCUCAAUUGACAAGACUCUCGGCAUGGUGCAAAUGAUGCCACCGAGCAAUGCGCCGCCAUCGACGGAUUCGCUGGUGAAGAGGCAACCGAUCAUGUCUCGGUUCAAAACUGUCGCAAAGAAGCCUCAGCAGGAGCCAAUCGCGCAACCAAUGGGCAAAGACAGCCACCAUACGCCGAUAUAUCCGGCCCCGUCACCGGCCCAGUUCAACAUCGACCUGGGCAACUUCUAUCAGAAGCCCUCUGGGAAGCGCGUUUUGAUGGAAGCGGCGCCGAUCCAAGAAUACAGACCAGCAAAGAAGCAGAAAACCGACGAGUCUCUCUCCGCCCAGGACUCUGCUUACCCGCCAAUCAUUGACGACGGCACGAAACCAAACCACAGCUACGCCCAGCUGAUCGCCAUGGCCAUUGUCCGGUCGCCGCAACAGCGAUUGACGCUGUCGCAAAUCUACAAAUGGAUUACUGACACGUUUGCGUACUACCGAACGAAGGACGAUGCAGGGUGGCAGAAUAGCAUUCGGCAUAAUCUCAGUCUCAACAAAUACUUCGUCAAGCAGGAACGGCCGAAGGAUGAUCCGGGCAAGGGCAACUACUGGAUGAUUGAGCCGGGCUGCGAGUGCCUGUUGCUGAAAGAGCGGCCCUCGAGGAAGUCGGAGGUGCCAACUGCGGAGAAUAUGCCCGUCAUGUCAACGCGACUCGAGCCCUCUCAACCGCAGCCGCCUCCGUUGACGCGCAUAGCCGAACCGACGUUACCUCCUCAGUUCUCAGUACCUCCGAACAUGGUCACCGCCCUACCCCCGCAGCCUUCGCAGCAACCUGCUCCCGCACCGUCCCUGCCCGAGAUAUCGUCGGACGCCACCAUUCCCGCAUCCGAUGCGGCUACGAUCGAUGAGGGAGUCAACCUGCCUGACGAGAAGGAGUUACCACAUGAACCCGAGUGGUGCUCGCCCGAGCCGCUGCCGCUGCAUUCGUCGCCCCCCAUUCCGAGGCGGUUGGAGGCUUGCCAUAAUGGCACCCCGCCCUCUCAACGACAAGUGCAGCCGUCGUCGGUUACAAAAUCCCAUCGCCGGCGAAGAUUUAUGUCAAUGGACGACAGCGGCUACAUCUCGUCUCUGGAAUCUUCGGUCAUGCGCCCGCAGCAAAACGCCAAGCUUCUCAACUCUGAAGCUGACCGACCGCGUAUCAAAAGGGGACGUGCCGAGGAGGAGAUCGCCCGUCUCCGCGCCUCCUCCUACGAUAGCCCAUCCAAAGGACGGUCAUACGGCUGCCCUCCGCCAUCAUCGUCACCAAUGCGGCAGACGUCAAGCGCCGGGACUGGGCAAAUGCUGCCGCCGCUCACACCUGCAAUGAAGCUUAAGGCGCCACCAAAACCCCCACCAUCCGUCUCGCCCAGCACCAACCUACGAUUACAUAGGGAAAGCAUUCAGUCGUUGGUCGAGUCGCCGUUCAAGCGCCUGUCUGCGUUACUCCCGGCGGGCGACAAUACCGUGCAGCAAACGCCUCUUGGCCUUGAUACCGAUCUGCUGUGGUACGACCUCGAGCGAGCAAGUCACAACACCCCGACUUUCGACAUCUUCGAAGAUGGCGCCGAUUUCCAGUCCUACUUUGCGUUGACUCCCACAGCGGCCCCCGGGGCCCUGGGCUCUCCGGUUAAACGAUCAGCGAGGAAACAACGUUUGGAACGGUCGCAGUCCACGAGCGCGCUAAGUCGGGCUCCGAACUCGGCUCGGAGCUCUUGCAAGUCAAGCUCAUUUCUCAAGGUAUCGAACCAGGCAAUCCACUUGGAGCUCGAGACGCCAAGCAAGGUUUUCGAAGGGCUGCUUUCUUCGCCAAGCAAGGUCUUCCUCGAUUUGCAGUCGCCCACCAAAAUGCCCCUCGGCAACGAGGAGAACCUGCAGUCAUUCCCCGGUGUGUCUCUGGACGACCUGCAUACACCGACCUUCCUUGAUGAGAACGAGUUCUCCGGCUUCGACAUACUUGCCGGUUUCGAGAAGAUCGGCUCACACAAUGCGCAGGCGUCUCGAGGUACCGUCAGGCCAACCUCUCAAAGCUCCCUCAAUCGUUCAUACAACACCACGCUCUAAGCCGCUUCCAUAGAUGCCAUGGCUGGGCACAUGGGCUUCCAUCUUCUACGCCUGCACUUCGUUUUCAGCAUUGCAUUCGAGAGAUGCUCACGACUGUUACGACUGAUCAAGACGGAGUAUACUGCAUCACUUCCUCGUAUCUGUCUGAUUCGGGCUCAACCACGAAGCUUGUUGGGUCACCUAUCACUUUGGCCCAUAACUCCGGGCCAAGCGUCUUUUUGCAUUUUCUCCCAGGGACACACAGGGCACGAUUGCUCGUGCGGCGGCUGGCGUUUUUUCUGGACGUGGUGUU